CGAGCUCGCCGGAAGUUGUUGCUGCCGGUUUCCGGUUCCUUCCACAGGGGACGUCGCUCGCGGGCAGCAGGGUCGCUGCUGUUGUGGCCGGAAAUAGCGCGGCCGCGGCGGGCGGCAGGCGCAGCUAUGCCUCGGUAUUACGAGGACAAGCCGGAGGGCGGCGCGUGCGCGGGCGUGAAGGAGGACCUGGGCGCCUGUCUGCUGCAGUCCCACUGUGUGCUCCAGGAAGGAAAAUCCCCUCGGCAAUGUCUGAAGGAAGGAAACUGCAAAGCUUUAAAAAAUUCAUUUUUUGAAUGUAAAAGAUCAAUGUUGGAUGCCAGAUCAAGAUUCAGAGGAAGAAAAGGAUAUUGAUAACUAUUCUGUUGAAACCAAGAUGAAUACAACAAGGAUUUCCUCUGGUCAUUAAAACACAGAAACCGAAGUUGGAAACAUGUUUUUCCUUACACCUGUUUGGUUGGACCAUGGAGCACUGGAGAGAAUGCAUGAUUUCUGUUUUUUAAUAUCUAUAAAUAAUUUUAUUGUUCUGAGUUAUUUUUAGAAGAAAAAUUUAAUUGACCAGUUAUGAGCAAGGGAGCAUAAUAAAUGCGUUUUAAAAAUUGUUUUAAAGGCCCUAGCUGGUUAGCUCAAUGGUUAGAGUGUCCGCUUGCAGACCAAAGGACCAUGGGUUCAAUCUUGGUCAAGGGGAUCUACCUGGGAAGGGGCACAGGUGGGAGGCAACCACUUGUGUGUGUCUCUCCCUCUCUCUCUCUGCACCCCCCACCUCCUUCUACUAUCUGAUAAGCAAUGGAAAAAAUAUCCUCAAGUGAGGAUUAACCCCCCCCCCCCAAAAAAAAUAAAAGAAAUUGUUCUAAAGCACAAAGAUUAUUUUCAAACAUGUUUAAACCAAAUGACACUUUGUAUACGUCCUUUGUGAAUAUUCUGAAGGCACCUAAUGGGACUGUUAAAAUUGAUAACAUGGAGCCUGGGAGAAAAUGUCUAUUGGGGAAGUUUAGGAUAAAACUGUCUUUUAUUUAUUCUGUCUUGUUUAGUUAUAAAAUAAAUUGCGUUUGAGUUCUUGGA